AUAAAAAAAAAUCCUUGGCAUUGUAUUGUUUAUAUACAUGCGAAUUUAUAGUCAUAGUCAUGUUUGUAAUAACAAUGACUGAAAAUUAAAAAAAUGUUUUUUUAUGGUCUAUAGUUUCGCCCAGUGUUACGGAUUAACAGGUGACCAUGUUAUCUGGCGGCUCAGGGUGUGAUUGCUGCAGUUACCACAGCUGUUGGAAACAGCGUUUACCCUUUUACAUUUAAAAUAAAUACGUUAUUUUCACACAUCUUUACUAAAACAGAGUCCAGAAAUUAUUAUUUUUCAUUUUAAAGAAGAAAAAAGAAAGAGGGCAGCUACAAAUGGUCUUCCUGUUUUCAACCGCUGCCGUAAGUCAAAAUAAGGUCGUAUUCGGCUGAAAGUCACCACAUGACACUCUUUAAUCCGUUACACCGGGAACUUUUCCAGCCGUAAAUGGUUAGCAGCAUAUGCUAAAGUUAGCACAACAAGCUAAUUGGAAUGGCAUGCGGCCCCCUCACACUGUGGCGACCGCAAAUGGAAACAGCGGUGCUGGAAGACCCGCCACCGUCAGCCCAGUUAGAAAAAACAGUAGUGAAGUGACAGUUGUCGACGAGGACGGUGUGUCGGCGUUGCUCAAACUUUAUGAAAAUGGAAACACUAUCAAAAUGCUAAAGUUAACGCAUGUUGGACCGAGCCAAUCAAGCGGAACCAGUAUCAGCCUAGCCAAUGUGCCUCCCCUCAGGCCGCCGCACAGCAAAGCCAUCAGUCUGCUGCUGCACCGGGGGAAGGCUCUCCUCACCGCGGAACCCCUCUCCUCGGCUCUCUACUGCACCGGACCUUACCAGACCACCGUACCCAGCCUAGGAGCAGCCUUCGACGGUCAGAUAUGUUCGGUUUGCGGCAGUGAAGAGGAGGAGACGGGGGGAGAUUUCUGUGCUACUGUUUGGUCCUCAAGGGGAGGAGCCAGUUGUUGAUUCUACGCUGCAAAGAGAAGGCGCCGCACAGAGAGGGUAAAAGACUGCAAGCAGUGAAGGGGAGGCCAGAUGAAGGACAGUUGGCCAGUUCAGGACUAGCUCCGAAGGAACUGCAGUGGACGAGGUGGAGGAAGAGGAGGAGGGAAAGAAGACUGAAGAGACACAAAAUAAAUCACAUGACCAGGCCUCGGAAAGGCGCCAAAUUAGUGAUGUUCCCCUCGGGCAGGGAUUACCUCCUCCCCGUCGUCUACCUCUCCAUCUCUCCCGCUCUUCUUCCCUCGCGCAGCAGAGCAGCCAUCCAGCUGCAAGACUCUGAGCCCUGCUGCUCCUGCUCUAGUCAUAGACCAUGAAGAGGCCCAAGCAGCAGACGGGGCCGCUGAGCUUCCUGAACUUCUUCAGCAGGAAGCCCAAAUCGGAGCCAAAGCCCGAGAGGCCCGUGGAAGCCUGGCCCAGAGAGGAGGUGGCCAUCACCCUGACACCGAGCGAGCACCCAGAGCAGGACCACAGCCUCACAGCAGAAGAGGCUGGAGGAGAAAGAGGAGAAGGAGGAGGUCCAGCACCGGCGGCAGCAGCAGCGGCGGCGGCAGAGGUAAGCGAGGAUGGUGCCGCCACAGCUGAGUGCGUGGGCGGGGCCAGCAGCGGCUCCACUGGCGUCCUGUCCCUCUCCUCGUCGAGCCAGGAACAGCUAUUGGAUGAACACCUGGAGGAGUGCCCACUGUGCCUGCUCAGUCAACCGCGCUGCCACUUCCCACGACUCACCUCCUGCUCCCACCGAACAUGCUCCGACUGCCUCCGCCAGUACCUGCGCAUCGAGAUAUCGGAGAGCCGGGUGGGCAUCGCGUGCCCGCAGUGCCCCGAAACGCUGGCGCCCCUGGACGUCCGUGCCAUCCUGGAUGACCGGGCGCUGCUGGAGCGGUUUGAGGAGUACCAAUUGAGGCGUUUUCUGGCUGCUGAUCCAGAUACACGCUGGUGCCCUGCGCCUGACUGCAGCUAUGCAGUGAUCGCUUACGGCUGUGCAGAGUGUCCAAAGCUGAGCUGUGGCCGUGAGGGAUGUGACACAGAGUUCUGCUACCACUGUCGGCAGCUAUGGCAUCCCAACCAGACGUGUGACCAGGCCCGGCGUCAGCGAGCCCGCCACACAUCAGGCGGCAAUGAUGCCUCCACGCUGUACGUCUUCAAUGAAGAACCUGGAGGAGAUGCAGAGGAGAUCAAAGCGUGCCCUCGAUGCGGUGCCUACAUCAUGAAGACCAACGAUGGCAGCUGUAACCGUAUGAACUGCACUGUGUGUGCCUGUCAGUUCUGCUGGCUGUGUAUGCAGGAGAUCACCGAUGUGCACUACCUCAGUCCCUCAGGAUGCACAUUCUGGGGGAAGAAGCCAUGGUCUCAAACCCGUAAGGUUCUGUGGCAGGUGGGCAUGUUGCUCGGAGCGCCGGUGGUCAUCUCCCUUAUAGCGGGCAUCGCCAUCCCAGUCAUCAUUGUGGGCAUACCAAUCUACAUGGGCCGAAAGGUCCAUGGUCGCUGUAAGAAAAACAAUAUCUCAGGAAGUAAGCACUACUUGACUGUGGCGAGUGGGGUGAUGAUGUCAGUGUUUGUGUCGCCGGUCAUAGCAGCUGUCACUGUGGGUGUGGGUGUGCCAUUAAUGCUGACGUAUGUCUAUGGGGUUGUGCCGAUGUCGCUCUGUAGGAACGGCUGGUGCCGACCACAGAGUGAACCGCCUGAAACACACAAAAUCCAAUUGGAGGACUUAGCCAGCUAUCUUCUAUUCUCUCAUGUAGUCAGUGACCACUGGACGGGUCAGAACAACCCAACGCUCAGUGACACCACCGUCCAGGAAGUCAGAGUCAGUGUACAGGAAGUGGGUGUCCUCCCAAGUACAAGCACCACACCCCCAGAGCUAGAUAGCUACGACGAAUUGGAUGAAGCCACAAAACACCACGGAUACACCCAGCAGGACAGCCAAUCAGACUGCGAGGUGGUUAUUGUGCCUGACAGCAAGCUUAAUGACCCACAAGUGCUUCCUUUGAGGGAAGGAACCAAUAUUGAGGUUCGUGUGGAAAUUGAGACCCAUCCCAGAGGCGCCCGCCAGUCCAGCCUAAGUAGCAUCCUGUCUAGCCGAAGCUUGUCGGUGGAGUCCCUGGGACACUCGCAGUCCCAGUCCCAAGACUACCUGUGUGCCUCAGAACUGGAAGAAAGACAAGAGGGGGGAGGAGGAGAAGGAGAGGAGCAGGAGGGAAGAGAGAAACCAGGAGGAGAAGCAGGAGGAGAAGAAGGGACAGCUUACCCAGUCUUUGAAAUAGACGGUGUAUGAGGUCCUCCAAUGCAGGCUUUGUACUUGGUUAAAAGAUUAGUCAGGUUUUAUGGAAAUAAAGAAAUCCAUGAGCUGACACGUCACUGGAUUGACCUGAGAAUCGUUGGCCAAGGCCACCUCCUGCUUCCGAGACAGGCCCUCCCACCAGUUGCCUUCUAGCUCCAGCCUCUAAGGAAGACGCGGGUUUUAGAGAGAGCAAAUGAAAAAGUGUGUGAGUGUGUGUAUGAGACAAAUAGCAUGAGACUAUGACAUUAAAAAUGGAGGGGGGUAAACUGUAAAGCAGUCAGGAUAGCAUCCAUUACAGAAGUGACUGAGAGCAUGUUAGCUGACUAGUUCAGUCUGUUUUUUCUAUGUUGUCCUUUCUGAAAGAGACUACCUUACACCCCCUCUAUCAUAAAUCUACUUCAUGAAGCCCUCUCUUCUUCAGCUGUACUCUUACACUUCUUUUAGUGACCUCACCUCCCUCUUCCCGCUCCCUUUACAAAUAAAGACACAAACCCCACAAGCAUGAUUUGUUUUAUGGGGGCUUAACAACUGCCGUGUCAGCAAGUAAAUAUCACAUUCAAGCCAAGUUGCAAGAAAGUAGGGGUGAUUAUUUUCUACCCUAAAGAAUAUCUCCGGUAUUUUAAAAUGCAGUGGUCACACAUGAAUUGGAAAACCUAAAACGGACCACGCAUGCUGCACUGUCCGAUUACUCUUUUGUGAACCAGUUGAAAAUGACAUCUUGAAACUGUUGGAGCCUGUAACUGUUGUUCUCUAUUGGAGUUUAAGGUGCUCUGUGACAUUAUGGCAGUGAUUGAAUCGACUGGAUUUAUUAUAAAUACCACUAAUUAUAAAUAUUAAUCUCAAAUCCAAAGUCUUCCAGGGAAGCAGACAGGAGGCUAUUCACUUCUUAACCGGAGAGGGACACAUUGCUUUAGUUUGUAAAGAUGCUCAUUCUAAUGCAGAUACUUGCGCGCAUUAGCCGCAACAACAUGGCAGCAACACUGCAGUCUUUUUCUGGAGAGUCUUAAAUUUAAAAGUAGCUGCAUGAUUUUACUACUUGCUGUGUAUCCAGGAUAACACAUAAACACACACACAUAUCCACACGCACAGCAGUCAGUGUAGUUGCAGUAGUGUGUGCAGCUGAGAGCAUUAAAUAUAAACUAAAGACCCUCUCAAAUGAUCACAGAGCACCAAAAUUACAACAGCAGCAUGCCACCUCAGGCUAAACUCUAAUAACCCCUACUAGACGAUUUAUGAGAAUUACAUGACUAUACAUGCUCUGCUUAGCUUCCUGAGUGUGAAAUACUUGUGAGAGAUGAACUCGGACAUGACGUGAUAACCUGUGCUGGGUUGUGGAGAGAAAUUGAAUAAAGAUUUCACCAUGAAGGACAAAAACACAAGGCAUGAUUUGUGUCUGUCACAAAUUGAUUUUUCUUCAGCAGAAGUUCAAGUGGAGUCUGACAAGCUGGUGUGUUUCUUUUAUUGUAAAGCUGCACAGUAGAAGUAGACGGGAACAUUUGGUAUAAUGCAAAUGUCAUAUAAAGGUCUAUACCGAACUGAGGAUGUUGCAGGUUAUGGUAAUCAUCUUAAACCAGUGGUUUCUAAUGGGAGCACAUCAAGGUUCCCCAGUUCAAUAUUCUGUUAACACAC